AUUCGAUUCGAUGCUUGAUAGAACUGUUCAGUCGGUGCAGCUUUUGAACGCAGCAGUGCGGCUAAGAAACUGUUGAUAUCCGAUCCUCUUAGAUGAUAAACCACGGCCCCAGUGCGAUGAAGAGAAUUUUCGUCUUUUCAAAGGACAUAUAUAUGUAUGGACACCCGUCCUAGAUAUAGUGCUGCUCCUCACGUAAGAUGAUGAUUACUAUCACCUAGCAACAGAUUCGUAUAGCCUAUCUGGUCGUUUGAGGCGUGGCCGUAGAAUUAGCAUUCAUGUUUUGGGCACCAGAGGGACCGACAGAGAUCAGAUAUGGCGAAUGUUAGCCGGCUGGAACAGGAUUUAGUUCCAGCAACGUUUAGUCUACUGACUGUGUUUAGCGUUGUCGGAAACCUUCACGUAAUCUUCGUGAUUUUAAGAUGCAGGCGUCUCCGGACACGGCUGAAUCUCUUCAUCGUGAACAUCGCUGUGAGUGACCUGAUCUUCACGGCGCUGUACGGCCCGGUGUCGGCGGUGUCGGUGGCGCGGUCGGGCGGCCUCAGGGACCACGCCGUCUGCGUCGUGACGGGGAUCGUCGGGCUGCUGAGCUGUUACGAGUCGGUCCUGUCCGCGGUGCUUAUUGCUCUGAGCCGCUGCGUCCGCAUCACCAAGAGUCACCGCUACGAUGAGCUGUUCUCCCAUAGAAGGUGCGCCUUGCUGGUGUCAGGGUCUUGGGCGGUUGCCUUCCUUGUCACAAGUCCUCUGCUAGCCGGGCUCGGCAAGCCAGGGUUCAACCCGAUACUCCUGACAUGCGACUACGACGCCGUUGCAUCCUUCACCUACGUCAUCAGCAUCAUGCUGCCAUUCGCCAUCAUUGCCAACGCUGUCAUCAUCGUGGCGUACGUCCUGAUCUACCGCGAGGUCAAAGCUUCGAAAGCCCGCGUCCACGCCAACGGGACAGACGAGAACCAAAUCCCGCCCGUCGUCCUGAGCCAGAUCAAGAACAUGGCAGCAAUAUACAUCGCCUUCAACGUCUGCGUGACUCCAGAAGUGAUCAUGGACAUCUUCGCGUACAAGACCGGGGAAAGUCUACGAGUCCUAAACCUUGUGGCAAGGAUUGUUUUCACUUGUAAUUCAUGUGUGAAUCCGAUCAUUUACACUGCUGGAAACAAGGAGUUUCGGAAGGAGCUCAAGGCUCUAUGGGGGUAUGUGUUUUGCGGAUGUAGCAAGAACAAGCAAACCCGUGUUGAAAAUAUCAACAUCAAGACACCAAGUCUUGAAGGACAAGGUCCAUAACAGAAGACUGUUUCAAACGUACAGGAAAAUUCUUUGUAGACCUAUUCUUCAUAACCUUCAAAUCUUUGGAAAUAGAAUAGGGCAGAGUCACUUCACAGUGAGCAGAAUGUUUGAAAUUAACCACCAAUUAUGCUAGCUCACUCGAAAGAAGUAAACUGAUGCCAAUUUGCUAAUCGCUUCUGGGCAGCUAAGCAUGUAAUUUCUUGCUUUCAACAUGAAAUGUAGAGAAAAUUUCUCGCUAAAUUAAUGUUUAUGCCCAUUUUAUCAUCACUUUGGAAGCUGAAGGAUGUGCGUCACACAUAAUGAGAUCAAAAGGAUGACUUCGACUGAUCAUCAUAUUACAGAUGCUUUACUCUAUCCGCUCAUUCCAUGUUAUUGGUUGAGUAGAUUGUUUACAUUAUGAUGACAGUAGCGUAUGAUGGCGAGCAUUUGUGAUAUUUCAGGUAAUAAGAAAGUGUUUGCAGCUUGCUGUAGCAAUAACUACCUCGCAGACAAAAACACUAUAAACAUACUAAUGGCUCGGUUCAGUUGGUAUUGUGUUCAGUAGACAUUUAAAAUGUUUUUAUUUGACAAGCUCGUAAUAUUGAGUCACCAUGACAGCCUCUUAGCUUACGCAUUAUAUUUACAUAGCCCUGGUUAAGUCCUUUGCAGCUUGGAGGAUUAAAAGAAAUUGGCCUCGAAAGAUUUAAGCAGGUAGAGUUAUCCUCUCAGGGAAGGCACAAUGGGCAUCCGAUUUGGACAUUUAUCACAAGGAGGAUUUGGGAAGCGAGUUUACGUUAAGUAUCUAGUUUGGUCAAAUCAAAAUGAGUGUUUCGUUAAACAAUGCCAAUGAUGUAAUAGGAUAUUUGUAGCAUUUGCUCCAGUUUUGUAAAAUGCAAAAACGACUGAUACAACGGACACAUGUCUGGAUUUUAGAUAUACCUAUUUAGAGCUUAUUUCAUUUGGCGUUAUAUUGUAGUUGGAGUGUUUGGACUUGUUUAUCCAGACUUGAGAUAAAGACGUGAGUUUAUCAUUUACUUGUACAGAGUUUAUAUUUUUGUUUGUUUGUCAGCAGGUUGACAUUGUGUAUGAGGGAAGAUGACCCCAAAGGUCAAUUUUGCAAGAGUUGCAGGAGUUGGUUGAACUAGCUAAAAUCUUCGUAUUGGAUCCUUUCUUGGCUACCUAAUCGUCUUAGCCUGUGUGCCUUACUGUGACGAAAGGGAAAUAUUUUGAAUGGGAAAUGAUUAUAUUGUGUUUGACUUUACGGUUUAUGUGUAAAAAUAUCAAGUGUUUACUUUGAUGUUGACGUCUAUUUAAUCAGUUGUGUUCGCAUUUAUAGUUUUGUGAAAUUGUAAUCGUCAUAUGAUAGUUCAGUAUAUAAUUACUUUUAUCAAUGCGCUAUAUAGUGUAGAAGUAUCAUAAUUUGUGUUAUUGUUGUGCUGUAUACUUCUGUUCAACCUAUAUAUAAUGUCCACAAUAUGUGUGCCAGUAGAAUGUCGGGUUUAUGUAAAAUAACGAGAGAGGUAUAUGUAUGCCGCAGAAGGACGAUUGAACUGAUUUUGCACCCAAAAAAAGAUAUUUUUGUGGAAAAUU